AUGCCGCGUGUCCCGCACGACUCCAGCACGGCGGAGCUGGCCGCGGAGUUGGUGGAGCAGCUGACGGCGAGGGGGCCCAAGGAGUCGCCGCUCCUCGGACGGCGCGGGGAGCCCGCGGGGAACCCGCUGGCGCCCAACAGCGCGCCGUCGCCCCCAGCUCGGCCGGAGUCGCCCGACGUGGACCAGUCCCUGGACGUGAUGGAGCAGUCCUCGAUGCUGGCGGCGCAGGGCGGUGCGCCCGCGUGCGGGCUGCUCUGCGCCGAGGCCAAGGGCUGCCUCGGCGCGGGCCCGCAGAGCCUCUCCCGGGCACUCUGCAGGGCCCUCGGCGCGGAGGCCGCGCCGUCCCCGGCGCUGCUGGCGCCGAGGCGUAAGGCAGCGCCCGCCCCGGCACCCCUCGGGGAGCCCCCUCUGGGAACGGAGGCCAGCCCUGCCGCAGCGCGGCGCGGCGGCGCGGGUGUGCGCGACGGGCAUGUGAAGCGCCUGUUCAGCAGCCCCAGCCCUAGGAGGCGGCCGCCCCUGCAGACGCCGAGCCCGGGCGCGCGAGGCGGCGGCGCCAGCGCCCAGAAGGAGCGCGCGCGCAGGACGUGGAGCGCUACUACGCCGGGCUGGUGA